AUGACGUCGUCGAUGUCCUUACCGUCGCUACGGCAAAUUCCACCAACAUUGCCGCACGUUCCCUCAAUUCCAAGUUCACCUGCUCCUUUGCCUGCAAGACCUGUUCCACGAAAACCAGCACCGGUAGUAAUGACAACACCAAACAUUUCACCCACCACAUCUAAUCCACGAAGUGAUGGUUCAUUCGCCGUUCCACAAGAUCCAGUGAUGAGAAAGCCUUCUAUUCCACUAAGUCGCCCCAGCACCUCCACCGAUGAGAAAGAAAAGAUGGUGAACCGACCAAAAUCGCCAGAAUUUGAAAUGGGAAAAUUACCUGUUAAGAACUAUGUUCCCUCUCAUUUUAUGAAAGGAACUAUGAUACAAAUGGCGAGUGGAAAAUUGAAGAAGGUGGAAGAGAUGUCUUCAGAUGAUUUUCUCUUGGCUGCUCCAUUGACUCGAGAAUUCAACGUUGAUGCAAGUGUUGUUAUGGAAAUCGCUAGAGCUUCUACUCUGGCUCGAGUCAAAUUUGCUGUUGGGCAAACUCAGUACGAGAUCCCAGCAUUUCUGUCUCUCGCUAGCCUCAUCCACGAGUUGGUAUUUAACUGCGGCGACGUUCGCGAGGUCCAGAUCCAUUACUCGUUACCAGCUGAGAAUUCAGCUGGUCCAUCUGCGCAACGAACACGUCAACCCAUCUGGUCGGUGGCCUCCCCCGAGGACGUUUUGCUUCGCGAGGAAUCCAUUCCAGAUUUCUUAGUGCCUUCUGUCGUCUGUCCUUCUCAUUAA